AUGGAGUGCAAGGCCCCGACGGCAAAUCAGCAAAAGAAAUUGGCAGAGGCUGCGUCGUCGUGUUUGAAGCAAUCUUUAGACUUGGACGAUGACGAUUCGGGUUGCUGCCUGAUGACAGUGUCCGUGCCGCAGCUUGAAUCGACAAAAUCAGCAGUGCAAGGAAGCAACGCGCCUGUGGCAUUGGUUCCUGCUGCGAAGGUCCAGGGACGUAGAGUGGCGGCCAAGCCCAAGGCCAGAGCCAAGCUCCCUCAAGUUGCAGCCAGCCAGGCUCGCAAGGACACCCUGAAGCUCUACACGAGCGUGAUGGCCUCCCACAAACAAGCACUUAGGCAAGCGCCAGAUGCGCUGAAGGAAGCUGCCCAAGCCUAUGACAACAGCAUCGAAAUGGCUCUCAGCAAAGAUGACAGCGUGAGAACAAUCAAGGUCCGCCAAGAGUGUCUGCAGAUGCUCGCCAACGCAGACCAGACGAGACCGUGUGAAAGGGACUCAGGAGAAAUGCUUGCGCAGUUGAGAACGGAUGCCUAUUUCGCUGAGCAAGACUGGCAGGCGCAAGCCGUGCAAACGGUUGGCCAGAUCAACUACACGCGGUCUGUGGCUCUGGACUUGCAGCGCACGUCUGCGGCGGUCGAUGAGCUGGCGGCCGUUCACAAGGAAAGCCUGCAAGUGUUACAAACGGUCGCUGCAGCGCUCGUUCGUGAGAUAACCUCCUGGCGUGCAAACAUGGUUGCUAUGAAGAAGGCAAGAGAGCAAGAGUUGGAGGCCGAGCGGCGAGCGAAGGAAAGAGAGAAGAGGGCCCAGGAAAAACAGCGUCUGGCAGAUGAGCGGAAAGCCAAAAGAAAGGCCGACGCGGAGGCCGCCAAACAAAAGUCUGCCGACGCCAAGGCGGCAGCAGCAGCGGCAGCGGCAGCAGCCGAGGGCCCUGGUGCCGCAGACGCGCCUUUGGAUGGCGCAGACGGCGCGAACAGAGCCAACAAACGCAGGCGCAAGGGGCCCAAGUCAGCAGCAGAGGUGACUGACGGCGACCUGCAACUCAUCAAGUGCAUCAGUGCUGGUGGCUUCGACAGGAGCUUGGGAUUUGAUGUGUGCGCGGAUCUGGAGCUUUUCUUGGACCGCAUCCUUACCACAGGGGGCUACUUGAUGCACUUAGGCAGCGUGUCAGUUCUGGCGCGUCUGAGAAAGGGCACUAUCAAGAAGGUAAUGGAUGCUUCGCCGGGCUGCAGUGACGAGGAAGCCAAGACGUAUGCAAAGAAGUUCUCGAAAGACCUCACGGCCUUUGCUUCAGAGUUCGAGACCAGGAUCGCGAAGCACGACCCGAAAUCUACAACCCCGUUGCCGGACCGCCAGGUUCGGAUGGCGCCGGCGCCGGCGCAUGUGCUGGGCUUCGAUAGCUUGAUCAUGCGAGAGCUGGACAAGCGGAAGAUGUUCAACCUGCAGUUUGCUGAGCUCGGCCACGAUGAGCGUGCCAAGCAAAAGAACCACUUGAAAGUUGCAGGCAUUGCUAUGACUGCUUUUGCUCAGGGAAGCACCUACGCAGGAUUCUUGCCCAUGGGCCUGGCUUCAAUGCACUACCAUGCCGUUGGGGAGAAAAUGAUAGCCGUCAUGGAUUUGUGGGAAGCGACCGACAUGUACAAGCAGACGAUCCAGGCAAAAACAGUCGGCGCCGACGCCUGCGUCGGUGCCGCCGACCAGCCAUGCUUGCAGGCCACAUAA